UGCUGCCACACGCUCUCUCAGAUCUGCUUCUUUCUCGGUGAAACUACAUAGCUGAACUGUUCCGAGACGGCGGCGGAGCCAAUGAACACGAACGCUGCGUCAUGACGCAACUGGGCCCGUAGAUAAGGAGCGGAGGGUCCAACCGGGACCUUAGACGGAGGACCGGCCGGUUUGCGGGUUCAGCGGACAUUCAGUGAGCGUAAAUCCAGCUCCUCCUCCUCCUCCACUGCCGUUACGCACACGCAUCUUCAGCCAUGAGGCCAAACAAGAACUAAACAAGCUGCAGUACAACGGAAAGUGCUGCCCUCAGAGCACCGACGGGACUUUAUUACACUAAGGCCGCGCGUUUUUUAAAUUAAUAUAUAUUUUUAUAUAUAUAUAUAUAUUUUUUUUUUUUUUGUCUGUGACAGGUACAAGUAGUUUAAAGCAGCUACUGAGAAAAUCAACUUGGACUGUUGAUCUUACAGGAGAACCAUUCCUCCCAACCAUUUUUAUUGUUUUGUUUUUUUCUUGCUUUUUUUAUGCUAUAAAAGCUGCUGCCCAGAGUUGCACAGAACAAACUGGAUGAUUGUGUCAGUGCUCCUUUACAGAGCCGACAUCCUGAAAUAUUCCUCCCAUCAAGGAGGCUGAGCGCCGUGCAACGGGAGCUUCCGUAGUCGGUUUACUCCCAACAAAUGGAUCAGGAAAUAUAGAAAAAAAAGCUAUUUGUAAAAACAAAAUAAAAAAUCCCUUCUGUGAGAAAAUUGAUUUUAAUCAAAGAUUCGGAAUCCACGCGGCUGUUAAUGAACUAGUUAGAGCUUAUUAAUAAUGAGAACUGCAGAGAUUCGGAUGAUGGUUGCCAUUGGCAGAUGAGACGUAGUGAGGAGAACACGUGUUCAAUUUUUCCUUCAUUUUUUUCAUCCCUGAGCUGGAUUUCUUACUUGUCAUCGACAGCGAAGAAAAGCCCGAUAACUAAGCGUCCCCUCUGCGUUCCGGCGCAGUGCCUGUGCCUCUGAUGGACAUCUUGGCUUGCAGAUCCGAAGAGAACAGUUACAACAUCCUCCCCUCUGCGGCAACGAUGCUUUUCCAUGGCCUCCCCGGGGGCGAUGUGCACGGUGUGGUGGAAGAAAUGGAGCGGAGAGGAAAGGGCGAAUCGGCGGCCAUCAGUUCGGCCAUCGAUAUGGGAGAAUCAGAGACGGCCAUGCCCUGCGUGACCAGCGAGUGCGUGGCUCUGUGCGCGGGCUGCGGCAGAAAGAUCGCGGACCGAUACUACUUGCUGGCCGUGGACAAGCAGUGGCACAUGCGCUGCCUCAAGUGCUGCGAGUGCAAGCUGAACCUGGAGUCCGAGCUCACCUGCUUCAGCAAGGACGGCAGCAUCUACUGCAAGGAGGACUACUACAGAAGAUUUUCGGUGCAGAGGUGCGCGCGAUGCCACCUGGGCAUCUCGGCCUCGGAGAUGGUGAUGCGCGCGCGGGACCUGGUCUACCACCUGAACUGCUUCACGUGCACCACGUGCAGCAAGAUGCUGACCACCGGGGACCACUUCGGCAUGAAGGACAGCCUGGUGUACUGCCGCAUGCACUUUGAGACUCUCAUUCAGGGAGAAUACCAGACUCACUUUAACCACGCGGACGUUGUGGCGCACAAGGGCCUGGGCCCGGCCAACGCGCUGGGACUAUCAUACUUUAACGGCGUGAGCACGGUGCAGAAGGGCCGACCUAGGAAGAGGAAGAGCCCGGGGCCUGGCGCCGAGCUAGCUGCGUACAACGCGGCGCUGAGCUGUAAUGAGAACGACGGCGAGUCCAUAGACCGGGACUCUCAGUACAGCUCCAGUCAGAAGACCAAGCGGAUGCGAACAUCCUUCAAGCACCACCAACUGCGAACGAUGAAAUCCUACUUCGCCAUCAACCACAACCCGGAUGCCAAGGACCUGAAGCAGCUUGCCCAGAAGACGGGCCUCACCAAGCGGGUCUUACAGGUCUGGUUUCAAAAUGCUCGGGCCAAGUUCAGGAGGAACCUGCUGCGACAGGAGAGCACUGGGUUGGACAAGGCAUCAGACGGCUCUACACUGCAAGGUGGGACACCCUCAGGCCCAGCUUCUGAGAUCUCCAACGCUUCCAUGAGCCCCUCUAGCACCCCCACCACCCUGACAGACUUAACCAACCCCACCAUGCCUACUGUCACUUCUGUACUCACAUCGGUGGCGGGUGGUAUGGAAGUCCACGAGUGCCGGAGCCCAUCACAGACAACGCUGACCAGCCUCUUCUGAUGGUCGGAGCACUAGCACCCCACCCCCCAGGCCUUCACCACCUUCCCCUGCACACACAGACUUUUACUACAUUCUACACUCCUUCUGGAUCUAAAACUGAGCACUGUUACCACCUUAGAAAUGUAAAAGAAUUAGAAACAUGAAGGAAACAAAACAACUCUAUUGGAGACUAUAUACAUAGUGAGGUGGCUGGACCUCACAGAUGGAAUGGUUGUUGUUAUUUUGAUGUUGUCUUGUUAAGAUCUGAGGAGAACUGAUUAAAUCUUUUCAAUAUUCACAAGGAGAUUGUUUUAAUUUUUUAGAGAAUUUGUUUUUUCAAGACAGUAUUUAUGUUGCUGUUAAAGAGUCACUGUUAGAAGGACUGUAAAAAUUAUUUUUAUUUUAUUGUUUGGAAAUCUGGGAUUAAAUACAGUUUUAAAUAUCCUAUGACUCCCAUUUGCCUUUAACUCAAAUCAGCUCAACUGUGCUUGUUUGAAGUCAAUCAAAUAUGACUGACUCAGAGGAAAGCUGGACGAGUUAAAUGAGAGCUCCGCUACUCCUCUGCAUGUUGUAUUUGUGUGUUUGCAGGCUUUCUGUUCUUACAUGUCUGAACAUAAAUACAUUAAUGUUCAUUUCUUUAAAAGAAAAAUAUAUGCUGGAAGGAAAUUAGUUCUGCAUUAUACUUCCCUUGUAACACUGUCAUACUGUUUCGUAUCUUUACUUUAAGAAAGUAAUGCUCCAACUUCA